AUGCUUAUAUAUUUCGAUUUAGCGCAAAGGAAGCAGCUUGCAAUGUUGGAUCUUCUCAUAGCGACAUAUCGUGAAGGUGUCAUGACUGAUUUAGAGAUUAAACAGGAAGUUGACGCUAUUAUGUUUGGGGGCCAUGACACUACAGCGUCAAGUUUAAGCUUCAUUUUGGCAUUAUUAGCUGAACACAAGGACAUACAGGAUCGUGUCAGAAACGAAGUCGAUAUUGUUAUGCAAGAGAAUGAAAAUAAAUUAACUAUGAAAUUUUUGCAUCAACUAUCAUAUUUAGAAAGAUGCAUAAAAGAAGCUUUGCGCUUGCAUAAUGCCGCAUUUUUCAUAUCACGCGUAUGUGGAGAAGAUGUAAAAUUGCAGUCAUAUUUAAUACCUGCUGGCACCAUCCUGCAUAUCGAUAUUCACGGAACCCACACAGAUCCCAAUUUUUGGCCAAAUCCAGAGGUAUUUGAUCCUGAUAGAUUUUUGCCCGAGAAGAGCCAAAAUCGUCACCCUUACUCAUAUAUACCAUUCAGUGCUGGACCACGUAAUUGUAUCGGUAAGCUAUAA